CGCCCUCUUCGCUGUGUGCGCGAGCGUUGUCACGUCGCGCUUGCGCGGUAUAACCUGAAGAACUAAAAGGAAAAGACGAGCGAGAAGGUUCGUAUUAUCGCUCAGUUUUGAACCAGGGCCGCUGAACCUUUGUAUAAUAACAAAGCAAGUCCAGAGGUUUGGUAUUAUUAACGUUUUGGUUCGAGGAAAUGGAGAAGUGUAGGCUACACAUGUAUUGGAAUAAGAAAACGAUGUGAACACUGCAGCCUGUUUUUAUGACGGGACCCCGCAAGGAAGACGCCGAGCCCCCGUCUAUCUUUUUUGGGCAAACGCGUUGGAGUGCAUGGUUAAAUUUACUGGGUGACAGCUUGGAUGUAAAGGGAACAUUGCAGUAAGACAUUCCGAAGAUGCCCAAGAGGUGGACCGCAGCAACGCCAUGCAGCUAUUUCCCCGUCGUCUUGUUGGUGCUCGUUCUGCCCAGGUGUGUACUGUCGAUCCGUGCAGACAAAACCAUCAAGGAAGACUAUGUUAGCGCUACGGUCAAUGCCACCGUACUUGACUCCAAAGGCAACCCAAAGCAAAUGCUAACACUGAAGGAUGGCAUAUACGGCCAGAAUUCACCGAAAGUGGACGCGAAGGGAAUAGUGAUUGCACCUGCUCCGAACCAUGGAGUGGUGGACCGCCAGGGCUGUGACCCCAACACACGCUUCGUGGUGCCCCCCAGGACCGGGCAGUGGGUGGCGCUGCUGCAGAGGGGCAACUGCACCUUCAAAGAGAAGAUCCUCAAGGCCUCCGCCUUCAAUGCCUCCGCCGUGCUCAUCUACAACAACAACUCCAGGGAGAACACGGUCAAGAUGGGCCACGAAGGUACGGGCAACACCGUGGCGGUGAUGAUCAACGAGUCGUACGGCAAGGAGAUCCUGGGCCUGCUGGAGAGGAACCUGACCGUUCUGGUCAGCGUGGUGGUGGGCCCACGCAACCAGGCCAAGAACAUCAACCGCGGUUCACUGGUCUUCGUCUCCAUCUCCUUCAUUGUCCUCAUGAUCAUCUCCUCUGCCUGGCUCAUCUUCUACUUCAUCCAGAAGAUACGCUUCACCAACGCACGGGACCGUAGCCAGCGUCGCCUCGGAGAUGCAGCUAAGAAAGCCAUCGGGAAGCUGACAACCAGGACCGUGAAGAAAGGGGACAAGGAAACAGACCCUGACUUCAACCACUGUGCCGUGUGCAUCGAGGGCUAUCAGCUCAACGACGUGGUCCGCAUCCUGCCCUGCAAACAUGUCUUCCAUAAGCUGUGUGUGGACCCCUGGCUGAACGAGCACUGCACCUGCCCCAUGUGCAAACUGAACAUCCUCAAAGCACUGGGCAUCAUGCCCAACCUGCCAUGCGUGGACAACGUGGGCUUCGACAUGGACCAUAGAAUAGGGCGUAGCCAGAUGAUGACCAGCCAGCGGACGGCACUGGUUGACCUGUCCAGUGAGACAUCCAUCAGCCUGGAGCCCCUGCAGCGAGGUCACCCCGGCACGGGGACACAGAUCCCCUCGGAGAGCGGAGAGCUCACCCCUCGUUCGGGAGAGAUCAACAUUGCCGUUACCAACAGAGGAGUGGUUUAUAAUCGCCAGCUUCGGCCUCCUCAGUGCUCUAACACUGUGCUACAUGAUUAUCAAGGCCACUGCCAGCUUCUCCAACCCUGACCCGGAGUGGGAAGUGUGAGGACGAUCACGGCGUUGCCCCUCUGGGUUCUUCCUCUGCCAGUGCCUCAUAGUGCCAUCUUGUGCCAUUGUACCGUACUGCAGGUCUAGACAACCCUGUUCCUGGAUUGCAACACACUGCCAGGCACCACGCCUGACCAACUGAACUAAAUGAUCAGUGACAGACCAAAGCAAAACCACCAGGGGCCUCAUAGGUUAAAGGUUGUGGUCCAACAACGACAAAACCCAACCUCGCAUGCACCCCUUUACCUGUGCAGGAUGGUAUCCGUUUCGACCCUUCUGAGGAAAUUAUGGGGAUCCCCACACAAAGAACACAAACACAAGGUGGUAGAGUAGGUUGCUACGUGAGCCACAGGAAUUGCAAUAACGGUAAUAAAAACGUUUAGGAUGUGUGAUAGAAUUGAUGCAUCUACUGUUGGAGAAACAGAUUGCAUGGCAUCAUAUAUCAAGGUGGUGUUAUUUUCAGCAUGCAUCCGUUAUUAAAGCUCAAAAUCAUAUUGCAGGAAAUCUAUGUUUUUCUGACAUGACUGGUUUAUUUUAUACAUCCAGAACACAUAACCAUUAUUUAAUUGCUGAUUUAGCCAACAAUAGUGUAAUAAAUAUAUUACCUAAGUAGGGUUAAGCUACUCCAUUGUUGGACUUUUGCUAUAGAAGCAUGACAUCGUAUUCUGUUUCAUCUCAUUCUACGGCAGAAGAUAAACACAAUUCUUCAGAUUAACUUAAUUUCUGAGAUACAGUUUGGCUUUUCAAUAGAAGUGUGUGGGAUCAUUUACUUUCAAGCUGAUUUCAGUCGACAGUCAGUGUUACAGAACAUUUUGCAAGUGGAUGGCAUUUGUUUUUAUAGUGGUGUGGGUGGAAGAUUGUCUCAGUACAGGAUGACCACCUUCUGCCCAUACCACCACAUAAUGUUGAUUUAUUUCUGGAAUUGCUCUUUUUUUAAUGGGACGGGGCCAAGUUCCGACAUUAAAUCAAACUGAAAUUAACUGAGUGUUGCCAACGUUCAGUCACUUCCUCAUAAACUAUCCGAGCUAUGCUGUGUUUUUUUCUUCUUUAAUGCUCAUAAGAUGCAUGUGACAGUUCGAUAAAUCCCAAUAAUUUGCUGUGCUCAGCAAAUCGUGAGGCAGCAUUCUGUGACAAAUGUUGGCGCGGUUGAAUGAGGUCCCUGGUGGUCCAGGCUGGUAAACGGAAACCAUGCUGGGUCUGUGACCCUUCCACGGACCAGGGUAGUCUAACCCAGGACCAGGGUAGUCUAACCCAACUGUAUAGUGGUUGGAAUAAUGUGUUGUCCAUUUGUACGCUUUUAGUGCUGUAUUUACCUGUAUUGGUUUUAGCCAUUUAUUUGUUUUGUUUUGUAAUAGGCCAAAGCACUUUGAGCCAUUAAACCAUUUUGGAUCCCUCCUCA